UACAGGAGCAGUUGCAGAAACUUCAGACCGCUGCUCAGUCAGCACAGUUAGGAGGUGGUGUUUCACAACCAGCCACUACAUCAGCCUCCUUUGUUCCUGUGGUUAGACAUUCCUCAGGUUUUGAAGGCGAUGACAUGGAUUUUGGGGAUAUAAUCUGGUCUCAACAAGAAAUAAACAGAUUGUCCAAUGAAGUUUCUAGACUUGAGUCUGAGGUUGACCACUGGAAGCAGAUUGCACAGUCUUCCAAAGUACAAGGAGCAAAUGAUGCUGAACAAAGUGAAAUAUGCAAACUGCAAAAUAUCAUUAAGGAGCUCAAACAGAACUUAAGUCGAGAAAUAGAUGAACAUCAACAUGAACUUUCGGUGUUGCAAGAUGCACACAGACAAAAGUUAGUAGAGAUAAGUCGUCGACAUCGAGAAGAGCUGAGUGAAUAUGAAGAGCGGAUUGAAGAACUUGAGAAUCAGUUACAGCAAGAUGGUGUAAGCACUGAUGCCAUGGUUGAUUCUAAAAUUAGUGAACAGGAAAAGACUGCUCAGAAUCUAGAAGGAGGGAAAGCAGACGACUUGCAAAUUGUAAAGGACCUAGAGGAUGAAAUAAGAAAAUUAAAUCAGAAGUUAUCUUCUACCGAAGAAGAAAACAAAAUUCUUCUGGAAGAGCAAGAACUGCUAAAGGUAGAAAAAAUCCAACUAACCCAGGAACUUGAAAGUCUAAAAUCUGACUUCAGUAUGCUUCCAAGUUCUGUUGCAGAGCAAGAUGCUCUCUUGAAAAAACAGGAGAAGUCUCAAUCCAAGACACCGCUACCAGAAGAUGUUGUCAGUCUGCAACAAGCACUGUUAGAAGCAGAAAGAGAAAUAGCAAGGCUUUCAAGUUUAAAUCAGGCUGACAAUCCUGUUUGUAUGGCAGAAGAUAUUCAAGCAUUUACACUAGAUAUCCAAGUUCUUAAAGAAGAAAAUCUUAAACUUAGGAAUGAAAAGGAGGAACUUGAGAAAGAACUGCUAAAUGCACAAUGUAAAGAUGAGAGUAUUAUUUCUGCAUAUACUGAGGAUCAGAAUUCAGAAUUAAGACAGUUAAAGCAAGAUUUGGAAAGGAAAGAACAUGAAUUAAAUGAAAGUAUUGCUGAAAGAGAAACAUUAAUAGCAGAAUUGGAAGAACUAGACAAGCAGAAUCAAGAAGCUACUCAGCAUAUGAUUACACUGAAAGAGAAGCUGUCAAGACAACACAUAGAAACUGAUGGCAUCACCAAACAGCUGAAAUUUGACAUAGAUGUUGAAAGAAAGAAAGUAGCAAAAUUAGAAAUGGAGAAGAUGGAAACUAUUAAGGAGUUAGAUACUCAGAAAGAAAAACUAAGUCAAUGUUCAUAUGCACUUAAUGAUUUGCAUAUAAGUAAGCAACAACUUCAAGAUAAUGUUAGAAACCUUCAAGAACAGUUGAAGAAGGCCCAGGACUGUAACUUGCAUAAUAAAAAAGAAAUUAGAGAAUUGCAACAAAGACUGAAAGAAAGAGAAGAGGAACUUUCUCUAUCCUUGAGCAAAUUAACAGAAAAUAUUAAGCAGGCAUCUAGCUACAGUAGUCAAGAUUUGAUUCUGAAAGAAAGAGAAGAAGAAAUUGUAAAACUACAAAAUAAACAACUGGAAAAUGAGCAACUAAAUGAAGACUUAGAGAAAUCUCUGUCUGAUCUCAAAACAGAAAAUGGAAAGCUAAUAGCAGCCUUUGAAGAACUAAAACAGGAGUUAAAUGAUACAAUUUCUGAGAAGAAUAAAGUUUGCUUAGAGAAAGACACGGUUGUGGAAGCUUUGAAAUUGGAAAAAAGACGUUUAGAAACAGAAUUAAGCCAGGCUGAAAAACAACUUUUUGAACAAGCACACAAGUAUGAGCAAACUAUUGAGGAACUAUCAAAUGCACGUAGUAUGGAUACCACUGCAUUGCAGCUUGAACAUGAGCGCCUAGUUAAACUCAAUCAGGAGAAAGAUUUUAAGAUUGCAGAACUCAAAAGUAGCAUGGAGCAGAUGGAAGUUGACCAUCAAGAAACAAAAGAGAUGUUAACUACUAGCUUAGGGGGACAAAAGCAGUUGACAGAACUCAUAAAAGAAAAGGAGGAAUUUAUUGAAAGACUUAAAAAUCAAGCCUCGGAGGUGAAGCAGGAACUUGAGGAACACAGGGAAGUUUCAAGAAAGCAGGAUGUCUUAAAACAGAACCUAGAGGAGAAAGACAAAAGUCUUGCUGUCAUGAAGGAAGAAAACAAUCAUUUGAAAGAAGAAAUUGAACGUCUUAAGGAUCAGCAAAGUCGAGCUACACCUGUGGUUGAGCCUAAAACUCUAGAUAUUAUUAUUGAACUUGAAAGUGAAGUGACGCAAUUAAAAGUGAUAAAGAAUAAUCUUGAAGAAGAAAUAGAAGUUCACAAAAAAACAAUAGAAGACCAGAAUCAAAAAACAGUGCAACUUCAGCAGUCCUUGCAGGAGCAAAGAAAGGAAAUAGAUGAGUCUAAAUUUCAGUGUGAACAAAUGAAUGUCAUACAUGAAAGACUCUCUUUAGAGAAAGAUGAAGAAAUUAAAAAUUUGCAGAAAACAAUUGAGCAAAUUAAAACUCAGUUGCACAAAGAGAGACAGGUUAUUCAGACUGAUUCCACUGAUCUUUUUCAGGAAACAAAAGUUCAGACACUUAAUGGAGAAAAUGGGAAUGAAAAACAUGACUUAUCUAAAGCUGAAAUUGAAAGACUAGUAAAAGGUAUCAAGGAAAGGGAGAUGGAGAUUAAGCUUCUAAAUGAAAAAAAUGUUUCUUUAAGUCAACAAAUCGAUCAGUUGUCUAAAGAUGAAGUUGGCAAACUUACUCGAAUCAUUCAAGAGAAAGACUUAGAAAUACAAGCUCUCAGUGCUAGAAUUUCCUCAGCUUCUUAUCGGCAGGAUGUCCUUGGUCUUCAGCAGCAACUACAGGCUUAUGUCAUGGAAAGAGAACAAGUACUAGCAGUUCUAAGUGAAAAGACAAGAGAGAACAGUCAGUUAAAAACAGAGUAUCAUAAGAUCAUGGAUAUGGUGGCCGCUAAAGAAGCAGCUUUGGUAAGGUUGCAAGAAGAGAACCAAAAAUUGUCUAAUAGAUUUGAAAAUAGCAGUCAAGAUAUGUUUAGAGAAACUAUUCAAAAUUUAUCCCGUAUCAUUCGAGAAAAAGAUAUUGAAAUAGAUGCUCUAAGUCAGAAAUGCCAAACCUUAUUGACUGUCUUGCAGACAUCCAGUACAGGUACUGAUAAUGGCUCAGGAGGUGUUAACAGUAACCAGUUUGAGGAACUUUUACAGGAACGUGAUAAAUUAAAACAGCAAGUAAAGAAGAUGGAAGAGUGGAAGCAGCAGGUAAUAACCACAGUUCAGAACAUGCAGCAUGAGUCAGCUCAUCUCCAAGAAGAGCUACAAAAGCUUCAAGCACAGAUUUCAGUUGAAAGUGAUAGUAAUUCAAAAUUGCAGGUAGAUUAUAAUGGCUUGAUUCAGAGUUAUGAACAAAAUGAGAAAAAACUAAGAAGUUUUAGUCAAGAAUUAGCACAAGUUCAGCACACCAUAGGACAGCUUCAUAACACCAAAGAUCUUCUCCUGGGUAAACUUGAUUUGGUAACACCAUCUGUGACAGUGGCUUCCAUCAUUUCACAGCCUUCAGUCGUGCAAAGCAGUGCUCCUGAAGUACUCAGUGAUGAAUCUAAACUCCUUCAGAAGGAAUUGGAACAACUGAAAAAAAAGCUGCAAGAAAAAGAUUCAACUAUUAGGACUCUUCAGGAAAACAAUCAACGAUUAUCCGAUUCUGUGGCUACAGCAUCAGAGUUUGAAAGGAGGAGUCAAGAAGAGACUAAUUCAGAGAUGAGGCAGAUCAGAGAAAAACAUGAUGUCUUACAGAAAUCUCUUAGAGAAAAAGACAUACUGAUUAAAUCAAAAAGUGAUCAGUUACUUUCUGUGAGUGAAAAUCUUAGUAACAAAGAAAAUGAAAAUGAGCUUUUAAAACAAGCAGUGACUAAUCUCAAAGAAAGGAAUUUAAUAUUAGAAAUGGAUAUUCGAAAACUGAAAGAAGAAAAUGAAAAAAUAGUUGUAAGGUGUAGAGAAAAAGAAACAGAAUUCCGAGCACUUCAGGAAACUAAUAUGCAAUUUUCAAUGAUGCUGAAAGAGAAAGAGUUUGAGUCCCACUCAAUGAAGGAAAAAGCUCUCGCUUUUGAGAAGCUAUUGAAAGAGAAAGAACAGGGCAAAACGGGGGAAUUGAAUCAACUGCUAAAUGAGGUUAAAUCGAUGCAGGAAAAGGCUGCUACUUUUCAGCAAGAGAGAGACCAAGUUAUGGUAGCACUCAAACAGAAGCAAAUGGAGAGCAGUGCCCUACAGAAUGAGAUACAGCAUUUGCAUGAGAAAGAGCAGCGCCUAAAUCAGGAACUGGAGAGGCUGCGUAACCACCUUAUAGAAAUGGAGGACUCUUAUACACGAGAAGCCUUAGCUGCAGAAGACAGAGAGACCAAGCUAAGAAAAAAAGUUUCAGUUUUGGAAGAAAAACUCGUGUCUUCAUCUACUGCAGUGGAGAAUGCCAGUCAUCAGGCUAAUCUGCAGGUUGAAUCCUUGCAAGAGCAAUUAAACCUGGUUUCCAAGCAGAGAGAUGAAGCAGUGCUACAGCUCGCCAUCUCACAAGACCAAGUGAAACAGUAUGCAUUGUCACUGACCAACCUGCAGAUGGUACUAGAGCAAUUCCAACAGGAAGAAAAAGCCAUGUAUUCAGCAGAGCUGGAAAAACACCAAAAAGAGACUGCAGAAUGGAAAAAAGCCCAAAACUUAGAAGAAAAAGUUGCAUCACUACAGGAAAAUUUAGAAGAGGCGAAUGCUGCGCUGGAUGCAGCAUCAAGGCUUACUGAGCAACUUGAUGUCAAAGAGGAGCAGAUUGAAGAGCUUAAAAGAGAAGGUGAGAUCAGAAGAGAAAUGUUGGAAGAUGUACAGAAUAAACUGAUGAAUCUCAUCAACAGCACAGAAGGAAAAGUGGACAAGCUCCUGAUGAGGAAUCUCUUCAUUGGACAUUUUCAUACUCCAAAAAAUAAACGUAAUGAAGUGUUAAGGUUAAUGGGAAGUAUCUUGGGUAUGAAGAAGGAGGAACUUGAUCAGCUACUCUCUGAAGACCAGAGAGGAGUUACAAGAUGGGUGACGGGCUGGCUUGGUGGAGGAUCAAAGAGUGUCCCAAGCACACCUUUACGACCAACUCAUCAGACUGGUUUUAAUAGUUCUUUUUCAGAACUGUUUGUGAAAUUCCUUGAAACAGAGUCUUGCCCAAACCUUCCUCCACCCAAGCUUUCUGUUCAUGAUAUGAAACCUUUAGGAGCAGCAGGAACUGGUAAAACUAGCAGUACUCCAAGCAGCAGUCAAAUACCAGAUUCUGGAGUCUCAGGAACCAGCAGAAGACCAGAUACAAAUCCAUUUCUAGCACCUCGAUCUGCAGCAGUGCCUCUCAUAACACCUGCUUCUACUUCUGGGCAUCUACUUAUGAAACCUAUUUCAGAUGCUUUGCCUACUUUUACACCACUGCCAGUGUCCCCAGAUGCCAGUGCUGGUGCUGUACUAAAAGACCUCCUAAAACAAUAUAUCGAUGAAUGUCGGACUAUUCCUGAGGCCUGUAGAGGAGACAUGGUGUGUGUCAACCAGAAUGGUGGCUAUUUAUGUGUACCACGGACAAACCCAGUGUAUCGAUCACCAUAUCUGAAUCCUUAUUCAAAUAUUUAUCCACCACCCCAAGCACCAGGCCCUGUUCCUAACUACCCUACUGUUACAAGACCUCUGAUUUGUCGAUUUGGUUACCAGUUGGAUGAAAACAAUCAGUGUGCUGAUAUUGAUGAAUGUGCUUCCGAUUCUCACCAGUGUAAUCCCACCCAGAUCUGCAUCAAUACUGAGGGGGGAUAUACCUGUUCCUGCACUGAAGGCUACUGGCUGCUAGAAGGCCAGUGUUUAGACAUAGAUGAGUGCCGUUACGGCUACUGCCAGCAGCUGUGUGCCAAUGUGCCUGGUUCCUACUCCUGUACGUGCAACCCAGGCUUUACACUUAACGAUGAUGGAAGAUCGUGCCAAGACAUGGAUGAAUGCAGCUUCUCAGAGUUCCUCUGCCAGCACGAAUGUGUGAAUGGGCCUGGUUCUUACUACUGUGUCUGUCCUUCGGGCUAUAACCUGCUUGAUGAUAGCAGAAGCUGCCAAGAUAUCAAUGAAUGUGAAACUAGGAACUUCACCUGCACUCUACAGCAAACGUGUUUCAAUAUCCCAGGAGAAUAUAAAUGUUUAGACCCAGUAAGAUGCGAGGAACCUUAUAUCCAGAUUAAUGAGAACCGCUGUAUGUGUCCAGCUGAAAACCCCGGCUGCAGGGAUCAACCAUUCACUAUCCUGUACAGAGUCAUGGAUGUUCUGUCUGGGCGUUCAGUGCCUUCUGACAUCUUUCAGAUGCAAGCAACAACUCGCUACCCUGGAGCCUAUUACAUCUUCCAAAUCAAAUCAGGGAAUGAGGGCAGGGAAUUCUACAUGCGGCAAACAGGACCGAUCAGUGCUACACUGGUGAUGACCCGUCCUGUGAAAGGGCCCCGCACUGUCCAGUUAGACUUGGAAAUGAUCACUGUCAACACCGUCAUCAACUUCAGAGGAAGCUCCGUCAUCCGGCUGAGGAUAUUUGUAUCACACUCAAAGAGAAUUGGAAAGUUCAAACUCUGCGUCUGUACGCUUUACCAUUGGUUACCAGUAUCACCCACCUUCAAAGCUGAAAUCUGGAAACAGCAAUAUUACAGUGUGCUCUUCUCUACAAGAGGCAGUGGUGAAUUGCUUUUAUGUUUGUCUACAACAAACAUAAAAGCAGUUUCCAUGGCGCAGGAAUCUGAAGCUGUACCCACAAGCAAGCCAACUAUUGUAGAGCAACCUCCAUUGUCUUCAGUAUCAGUGAAGCGGCAAGUUGGCUGUUCUGAGGAUUAUCUGCUUUCUAAACUGCCGCUGGAUGGGCAGGAGGUACCAUUUGUGGUCCCACCAUUCAAACUGGCUUACGUACAGCCAAAAAGCCUUCCUAGUACCUCACAUGCUGGAGGAAUUCAAGAAUCUGCCAGAGCUUCUUUUGGUGACCGGAAAGCAGAACUGUGCGGUGUGUACCAGUGGCCCCGCUAUGAUGUGUACAACCCAUUCUAUUUGGAACAUCAUGUUUCACCAGACCAGAUUAGGCGCUUCCAAGCCAAAUCAGAUAAUAGGAAAUUAUAUGGAUCAGUUAGUGAUUUAAGAACUAGUGCUUUGCCUGGAUCACUUGAUUUAAGUCAUUCAAUGUUUGAUCUCAGAAGCCCACCUCAUCGAUUCAUGAAGGACAUUGAAUUUAUGGAAACUUUUGUAUUUGCUAUUAAGUUGCAAAGUGUUCAAACUGUCAGACUGGUAUUUAAAAUCCAGACACAGACUCCUAGGAAAAGAACAAUUGGAGAGUGCUCUUUGUCACUGCGGGAGCUCAGCUCAGAGGAGUCAAAUCAUUGGCUGGAUAUAUCUCCUCCUUCCAAAGCACCUGUGUGCCGCACAGAACUUCAAAUAGGAACUUGUUUUCAAGCAAUAAACAGGAGGAUUCAGUUACAGAUUCUUGAAGCACAAAAUCUUCCAAUUUCAUCUACGCCGCUGUCGUUAAGUUUCUUUGUGAAAGUUGGAAUGUUUAGUACAGAAGGGCUGAUCUAUAAGAAGAAGACUCGUCUCGUGAAGUCCACUAAUGGUCAAGUGAAGUGGAGAGAAAUGAUGAUUUUUCCAGUUAGCCAAGCUGAACAAGGAAUCAGUUUUCUUAUCAAACUCUACAGCAGAAGCUCAGUGAGAAGAAAGCACUUUCUAGGACAGGUCUGGAUAAGUUCUGACAGCAAUAACAGUGAAGCAGUAGAGCAGUGGGAAGAUACUAUUGCUAAUCCUGAAAAAGUUGUUAUUAAGUGGUACAGCCUUGGGGGCCCGGCCCCCGGCCGCCCGAACGCUCCCUCGGCCUUCGCGAAGCGGCGCGGUGGCCGCGGUGCCGGCGGCACGAUGACUGACACCCGGCGCAGGGUGAAGGUUUACACGCUGAACGAGGACCGGCAGUGGGACGAUCGAGGCACGGGGCAUGUGUCCUCCUGCUACGUGGAGCGGCUGAAGGGCAUGUCCCUGCUAGUCAGGGCGGAGAGCGAUGGUUCUCUUCUUUUGGAGUCCAAAAUUAACCCGAAUACGGCGUACCAGAAGCAACAGGAUACCUUGAUUGUGUGGUCUGAAGCUGAAAACUAUGAUUUGGCACUUAGCUUUCAAGAAAAAGCAGGAUGUGAUGAAAUAUGGGAAAAAAUAUGUCAGGUUCAAGGCAAAGACCCCUCUGUCGAUAUUACUCAGGACCUUGUCGAUGAGUCUGAGGAAGAACGUUUUGAUGAUAUGUCAUCACCAGGUCUUGAAUUGCCAUCUUGUGAAUUAAGUCGACUAGAAGAAAUUGCAGAACUUGUGGCGUCUUCACUGCCUUCGCCGUUACGCCGUGAGAAACUUGCGCUAGCACUGGAAAAUGAGGGCUAUAUUAAGAAGCUCUUAGAAAUUUUUCAUGUGUGCGAAGACUUGGAGAACAUUGAAGGACUACACCACUUAUAUGAAAUUAUCAAGGGAAUCUUCCUUUUGAACAGAACUGCACUUUUUGAAGUCAUGUUUUCCGAGGAAUGUAUAAUGGACGUAAUUGGAUGCCUAGAAUACGAUCCGUCUUUAUCACAGUCACGGAAACACAGGGAAUUUCUGACUAAAACAGCAAAAUUUAAAGAGGUGAUUCCUAUAUCUGAUCCAGAGUUGAAGCAAAAAAUACAUCAGACGUACAGAGUACAGUAUAUUCAAGAUAUGGUCCUACCCACUCCCUCAGUUUUUGAGGAAAAUAUGCUAUCAACACUUCAUUCUUUCAUCUUUUUUAAUAAAGUGGAAAUAGUUGGUAUGUUACAGGAAGAUGAAAAAUUUCUGACAGACUUGUUUGCACAACUAACAGAUGAAGCCACAGAUGAGGAGAAAAGACAGGAAUUGGGUAUGGAUGAUGCACAAGUACGAAGUGCAGCCACAGAUAUAUUCUCAUAUUUAGUUGAAUACAACCCAUCCAUGGUACGAGAGUUUGUCAUGCAGGAAGCUCAGCAGAAUGAUGAUGAUAUACUACUCAUUAACCUCAUAAUAGAACACAUGAUUUGUGACACAGAUCCAGAACUUGGAGGGGCAGUGCUACUAAUGGGUUUGCUUCGUACCUUAGUUGAUCCAGAAAAUAUGCUUGCCACUGCCAAUAAAACAGAAAAGACAGAGUUCUUGGGUUUCUUCUACAAGCACUGUAUGCAUGUUCUGACAGCCCCCUUAUUGGCCAAUACUACAGAGGACAAGCCUAGCAAAGGUGCCCUUCGUUUCAAGAGAAAAAUAAUUGGACUAAAGGAUGAAUUCUACAACCGCUACAUAAUGAAAAGUUUUUUGUUUGAACCUGUGGUCAAAGCAUUUCUGAAUAAUGGUUCCCGUUACAAUUUGAUGAACUCUGCCAUAAUAGAGAUGUUUGAGUUUAUCAGAGUGGAAGAUAUAAAAUCUUUAACAGCUCACGUGAUUGAAAAUUAUUGGAAAGCACUGGAAGAUGUAGAUUAUGUGCAGACAUUCAAAGGACUGAAACUACGAUUUGAGCAGCAAAGGGAAAGACAAGAUAAUCCAAAACUUGAUAGCAUGCGCUCCAUUUUGAGAAACCACAGAUACAGGAGGGAUGCAAGAACCCUGGAGGAUGAGGAGGAAAUGUGGUUUAAUACUGAUGAAGAUGAUAUGGAAGAUGGAGAGGCAGUGGUGCCCCCUUCUGACAAAACUAAAAAUGACGAAGAUAUUAUGGACCCUAUAAGUAAAUUCAUGGAGAGGAAAAAAUUAAAAGAGAGCGAAGAAAAGGAAGUUCUUCUGAAAACUAACCUUUCAGGUCGUCAGAGCCCAAGUUUCAAGCUUUCCUUUUCCAGCGGGACAAAAUCUAACCUUACCAGUCAGUCAUCUGCAAGUAAUCUGCCUGGAUCCCCAGGUUCUCCCGGAUCUCCAGGAUCCCCUGGGUCUCCAGGGUCUGUUUCUAAAAGCACAUCUCAGAUGGCAGCUAUUACAACAAAGGGAGGCCUCGUAGGGCUUGUAGAUUAUCCUGAUGAUGAUGAAGAGGAUGAUGAAGAUGAAGAUAAGGAGGAAACUUUACCUUUGUCAAAGAAAGGACGCUCCAGCGCCCGCACCGAGCCUCCGCCCUUCUUUCCCCGGCAGGUGAAAACCUUCGGAGCGCUGGGGGGUGGCGGCGAGGACAAGCUCGGCAUGUACAUGGAGCUGGCGGACGGCGUCCUGCUCAACAGGAUCAUGCUGCAGAUAGACCCUCGGCCAACCAACCAACGUGUUAACAAGCAUGUAAAUAAUGAUGUCUAUCUUCGGGUUCAAAACCUGACCAUCUUAGUCAGAAACAUUAAGACUUACUAUCAGGAGGUCCUCCAGCAGCUGAUUGUAAUGAAUUUACCAAAUGUUUUAAUGAUUGGCAAAGAUCCUCUUUCUGGUAAAAGUAUGGAAGAAAUUAAGAAGCUGCUGUUGUUGGUUCUGGGAUGUGCUGUUCAGUGUGAAAGAAAAGAAGAGUUUAUUGAAAGAAUAAAACAGCUGGAUAUUGAAACCCAAGCUGCGAUUGUGUCACACAUUCAGGAGGUGACUCACAACCAGGAGAAUGUCUUCGACUUGCAGUGGCUGGAGCUCCCAGACAUGGCCCCAGAAGAACUGGAGUCUCUCUCCAGGAAUAUGGUGUUUCACCUCAAGAGGCUCAUUGAUGAGAGAGAUGAGUGCACAGAGAUGAUUGUAGAUCUCACUCAAGAGAGGGACUAUCUACAGUCUCAGCAACCACCAAAUCCUCUGAAGGCAUCAAGUCCAGAUUCUUCUCCAAACCCAGCCAACCCUCUUUCUAAUGAGGACAAGCAGCACCUUGCAGUUGAGCUGGCAGACACAAAGGCUAAACUGAGAAGAGUUCGGCAGGAGCUGGAAGAGAAGUCCGAGCAGCUUGUGGAUUCUAAACAUGAAGUUGAGCAGCUCACCCUAGAGCUGCAAAAAAUAAAACAAGAGAAUAUCCACCUGGCCUCAGAUGCUCGUUCUGCCCGAGCAUAUAGAGAUGAGUUGGACUCACUGAGAGAAAAGGCAAACCGUGUGGAGAGACUUGAGAUGGAACUUGUUCGGUGCAAAGAGAAACUUCAUGAUGUGGAUUUUUACAAAGCUCGCAUGGAGGAGUUAAGAGAAGAUAACAUCAUAUUGAUUGAAACAAAGGCGAUGUUGGAAGAACAGCUAACGAUGGCAAGAGCUCGUGUUGAUAAGUUGCAUGAGAUAGAGAAGGAGAAUUUGCAGUUGAAAUCCAAACUUCAUGAUGUGGAGCUGGAUCGAGACACGGACAAAAAGAGAAUUGAAGAGCUUCUGGAGGAGAAUAUGGUCUUGGAGAUUGCACAGAAACAGAGCAUGAAUGAAUCUGCACACCUAGGCUGGGAACUGGAGCAACUGUCUAAAAGCACAGAUCUUGCUGAUACUAGGAAGUCCUUUGUGUUUGAGCUGAAUGAAUGUGCUUCAAGUCGCAUACUGAAGCUAGAGAAGGAUAAUCAGAGCUUGCAGAACACAAUCCAAGAGCUGAGAGAUGCCUCCUUGGCCUCCAGAGAGAGCAGCCUAAAGUUUGUGGAACUGGAAAAGGAAAAUCAACAGCUUAGCAAAAAGAUUGAGAAGUUGCAAAAUCAAAUUGAAAAAGAGAAGCAAAGUAAUCAAGAUCUGGAGACCUUGAGUGAAGAGUUGAUAAAAGAGAAAGAACAGUUACAAGUUGUCAUGGAGACUCUGAAAGCUGACAAAGACAGACAGAUAAAGGACCUUAAACAAGAAAAUGAUCACCUGAAUCAAGUGGUCUUAUCCCUGAGACAAAGAUCUCAAGUGAGCAGCGAGGCAAGAGUGAAAGAUAUUGAAAAAGAGAACAAGAUCCUUCAUGAAACAGUUACAGAAACUAGUUCCAAAGUCAACAAGCUGGAAUUUGAGAAGAAACAGUUGCAAAAGGAUUUUGACCAGGUUAAAGAAAAAGUGGAAAGAGUGGAAGAAAUGGAGAAAGAGCUCCACCGGCUGGAGAAGGAGAAUGAACAGCUCACAAAGAAGGCAACAGCAAUGAAAACAGUAACAAAAAAAGUUGAAGUUCUUCAGCAGGAAAAUUGGGAUCUGGAAAUGGAAAAUAGGAAACUCAGAAAAUCCCUGGACACAUUCCAGAAUGUUUCCAUCCGGCUUGGGGACCUGGAAAGGGACAACAAGCAGUUGGAUGAAGAAAACCUGGAGCUUAGAAGAGUUGUGGAGACCAUGAGAUUUACCAGCACAAAAAUGGCACAAAUAGAAGCAGAAAAUAAAGAUUUGGAGAGAGAAAAAGAGGACUUAAGGAAGAAUGUGGAAAUGUUAAAAGUGCUGAGUAAGAAAUCAGAAAGGCUGGAGCUAAGUUAUCAGAGUAUCAACUCUGAAAACCAGAGACUUCAGCAAAUGUUGGAGAACAGCAGCAAAAAGAUCCAGGAUCUAGAAAAAGAAGUACAGGCAACGGAGAGUGAAAAUCAAGUCCUUCAGAGAAACCUUGAGCAGCUGAAGAUUUCUGCUAAAUGUCUAGAAAGGUUAGAAAAAGAGAACAAAGCCCUAGAACAAGAAAUAUCUCAGCUUGAGAAGGACAAAAAACUGCUGGAGAAAGAAACAAAACGGCUUUGGCAGCAAGUGGAGCUGAAAGAUGCUAUUUUGGACGAUAGUACAGUAAAGUUGGCAGUUGCUGAGAAAGAAAACAAGACACUAGAAAAGGAAAUAGCUCAAUUCAGAGAUUCAUCUAAUAAGCUGAAAGAAUUUGAAAAGGACAACAAAGAUCUCAUAAAGCAAGUUACAAUUGAUAAAAGAACACUAGCUACAUUGAGAGAGGAUUUGGUUCUGGAGAAGCUGAAAAGUCAACAGUUGUCUAGUGAGCUGGACAAACUGAGCCUGGAACUGGAGAAGAUAGGAUUGAGCAAAGAGCUGCUGCUACAGGAUGACAAUGGCAAUGACGACACAAAAUACAAGAUUCUGGAAAGCAAAACUGAAUCGGCACUGAAAACAACACUAGCUGUGAAAGAGGAAAAGAUUGCAGUGCUGGAAGCUCAAGUGAAAGACACUCUGAACUUGAAUCAGCAGUUACAAAAUGAUCUAAAUAUGAUAAAGAAGGAUUUUGAUGCACUUAAGCAGAAUCAGCAGGAUGGGCAGCAAGCUCAGAAUUCACUGAAGUAUUCUGCAGAGAAGCUCGUUCCCAACCACCAAAUGAAUGAGAAAUUGGACACGGGACACCGAGAGGCUACCAUGGAGCUGCUGAAAUUGAAAGACAGGGCAAUUGAAUUGGAAAGGAAUAAUGCAGCCCUGCAUACUGAGAAGCAGCUACUUAAAGAACAGCUGAAGCAUUUGGAAACACAGAAUGUCUCUUUCAACAAUCAGAUCCUGACACUACAGAAGCAAAACAUGUUCCUUCAGGAACACAAUACUGCCCUGCAGACACAGACAGCUAAACUCCAGGUGGAAAAUUCAACCCUCAACUCCCAGAGUGCUUCAUUGAUGGCCCAGAAUGCUUUACUCCAGAAUCAGCAAACAGCUAAGGAGAAUGAAAAUGAAAAUCUGCUGAAGCAGAAGGAGCAGCUUAAAGCUGAAUAUGAAUCAUUGCUUCAAGACCAUGAACACCUUGCUUCAUUACAUGAACGGCAGUCCACAGAAUAUGAAUUGCUAAUAAACCAGCACAGCUGUCUGAAAACCUUGCACAAAAACCUGGAUCUAGAACACAAAGGUCUUGGGGAGAGAUAUAACAGCUUAAUGAAACAGAAGGCAGAACUGGAAGAGUUGGAACUAGCUCUAAAAACUGAGAGAGAGGUCCUGCAAGAAGAAAGGAGAUCAAAUGCAAUAACUGCUGGGGAAAAUCAGAAGCUGAGGGAGGAACUGGACAGGGUGAAUUUCUUGCACAGCCAACUAAAGGCAGAAUAUGAAGGGCUGCAUUCACACACUAAAGAACUGAAAACUUCCUUGAACAACUCUCAGCUAGAGCUGAAUCGUUGGCAGGCUCGCUAUGAUGAGCUGAAAGAACAGCACCAGUCCAUGGAUAUCUCUCUGACCAAGCUGGAUAACCACUGUGAGCUGCUGUCACGUCUCAAGGGAAAUCUGGAAGAAGAGAAUCAUCAUCUUCUAAGUCAAAUUCAGAUGCUGAACCAGCAGAAUCAGAUGUUACUGGAGCAGAACAUGGAGAGCAAGGAUCAGUAUCAUGAAGAACAGAAGCAGUACAUUGAUAAACUAAAUGCCUUAAAGAGACACAAGGAAAAACUUGAAGAGAAAAUAAUGGAUCAGUACAAGUUUUAUGAUCCUACUCCAAAAAAGAAAAACCAUUGGAUUGGAGCCAGAGCCUUAGUCAAACUAAUCAAGCCAAAGAAGGAGUCUACAAGGGAGCGAUUGAAGCCAGCAUCAGAGAGUCCUCUAUGGCAUUCUGAAUCCCCAGAGACAGUAAACUCUCCAUCUGCCUCACAAAAACUGAAACAUCAACAGGAAUCUCAGGAUAAUACUUCUCAAGGGUCAAACUCUGUGGAAGAAAGAGAGAACCCUGGAGGUUCUGCAACUAAAGUGCUAACAGAUCUGAAGCAAAAGAGGAGUUCCCAUCAUGGGAGCGGCAGUGAUAGUGUUGAAAUCUCAGCAGACUCUGAGACCAAACACUCUUGUGUGGAGCUGGGUCCCAGAACUUGCUCAACCUCAGCUAUUCACCUGCACACUUCCACCCCCAUCUCCAGGGUCCCAAGCAGACCAAAAGGCUAUAAUUCAGAAGAUAAUCUAUGUGAACAGUCCCCUGAGGUAGAGUUUGCAAGCACCAGACAGCAUGUGUCCAGACCAAGCAGUCUAGAGAGCAGUAGAAAUGCAUCCAGCAGUAGUUCACCACUCAAUUUGAAAGGUUCCUUAGAUCAUAUUCAUGGUAGAACUGAGAGCCUCAGCAGUGAAGAUAUGGUGCCAAGCAGAGAGGUGCCAGCCUUGCUCCGAGACCGCUAUCCCUUUCACUCUGCUUCCGCCAUCAUAGACCCUAGCAGCAGAUAUGAGUCAUCCUUCCACAGGAAUGGAUCGGUCUCUUCUGAUGUACCUCAGAAGAGCACUCCAUCUCAGUCUUACACGGGCAGGCAGCGCUCUGCCUCACCUGGCAGUGAGAUGGUAACCUUGGAAGAGUUCCUGGAAGAGAGCAACAGGCUAUCUCCACCAAGUCAUCGACGCAGUUUAGAUGAGAGUGAAAUGAUUUCAUUGCACCAAUUUCUGUUAGAAGCUGAUGCACUGUAUCCCUCUUGCUACACCCUAUGUCCUUCCCUCCGUCAGGAACCUUCGCAGUCGCUCGAAUCACUCCUCAUUCAUUCAUGUCCUGACUGCAUGAGAGACAGAACAGUCAGGGGAAAUAGGAGAUCCACUUCACUAUAUAUCCCCAGGGACACCUCCAGUAACAGAGAGGAUUUGCUGAGUGAUUAUUUUAAGAAAGCAAAUGAGCCUUCAGCUACUGGGAACCCACUGGUUCAGCCAUCAAGAAAGGAGGCUGCCAAGGUGAUGCCCGUUGGUCACGUUGCUCCAGCUGUAAAGAUGCCUGUCACUGGCGAAGAAGGAAGAACAGCUAAGCCUGGAAAUUACAUGAAGCCGAACCUCAGACAAGUCGAACCUGAGCCUCUGGCAAAUUCCCAGGGCCCCUUGAAGCCUCCUCAUAUGCCACAGCAGCAACCCACCAGUGCUGUGCGGCAGACAGCACAGCCACAGCAGCCUGGGUCGGUCGGCAGGAGGAGUACCUCAUUGAGCAGGGCGUUCAGCUUAGCAUCUGCAGAUCUCCUCAGAGCCACCGGCCCAGAGGCAUAUAGGCAGGAGAGCCCUCAGAAGUCAGUAGGAGACUUGCGUGGGUGCAAGGAUACUGUCUGUCAGUCUUCGAGAGCUCCUGUACCAACAAGCUCUCAGGCAACCUUAAGAGAGAGGCCCCAGUCAGCAAAGAUGGCAGGUUCUUUGCAAGGUGUUGAUUCUCGUUGUCGGCAGCUUGAUGCAAGGCGCCUUUCCCUGGCCCCACCAAAAGAUGAGAGGCCUCUCUCUUUCCACCAAUUUUCUGCCUCACCUACUGCAUCCACCAGCAAUCUGAAUGUGCAGCAACAGGAGCGAAUGAACCCUGGGCAACACUACUCACCCACACCACACACUCCCUCUAAAACUAAGCCUAAGCCAGCCCCUCGUAUGGGGGAGGUGGCCACAGUGGGCACUGCCAGAGCUGUUUCCACCAGCACUGAGGGAAAUACUUCCCUAGGGCAAAGCCAGGGUGAUGUCCUGCUUACCAAGUGCCAGGGCAAGCUGCCAGAUGGCAGCUGUGGGGCUUUGGAGGAGCCUGUGAGAGGAAGCAGCUCCAGCAGCACUCCUGGGUCUUCAGACCCCCAGGGGGAUCAGCAGACAGUUUGGUAUGAGUAUGGCUGUGUGUAACCUGUGGGUGCAGCUUGUAGUAUAUAUGUUUGGCGCUGCUGAUGUUGGGUAGUCCUUGUCUAGACACUAUGCCAGGUCUUAAAAGAUAUCACCUGCAUGCUGAUCUGAAUGUUCUCCGGGUACUGUUUUCUUGUUGGACAAAAAAAUAUGAUUAAGAAAAAUAAGGAGCAAACUCCCAGUCCGUCUUUGGACGCUGUUGUGCCUGAAAUGAAAUGCUUGACCCAAUCCCAAGGCAAACUUGGGACCUGAUUCUCACAAAUGCUGAGCAUUUCCAUCUGCAGAAGAUGCUUAGCAGAGUCCUCUGUCAUUGCUGCACUGUGCACCCCUCCUACCUGCAUUAAAGAAGAGUUUCACAGGUAAUACGUAUGUGCUGAAACCAGCUCCGCCAUUGAUAAAUAAAUUAAACCAUACUGAAAAGGUCGUAUAAAAGCCAAACUUCUUCCCAGAAGACAUAACCAGACACUUGGCUUAAUUAGCUUGAAGAGAAAGCUGAAGAGCAAAAGUGUGUGGCUUUAACCAUGAAUUUGUUAAAAUCAGUUCUCUUUGCCACAGCCACAUUUUAUAGAGAUAACACACAGAAUUCAAGGAUCGUAUCCUAACCUUUCCCACGGGGGUUGUAUAAACAGAGAAGGGCUAGUGUUACCACCCCACUGCCUUCCGUGUGUAGCUGCAGAUCAGUGGAUCCUUGUCUCUGAAAGCCAAGUGGUGCUGCUUUUUGAAAUUUUUAUGCAAACACUGGAACUAAUGCAGCCUUUUCAGGGGAGAUGUCGUUUGAAUUGUAAGAGUGACAUCUCAUGUACAAAAGUGACUUGUAAGUAUGUAUAUAAGGAGCUCAAGUAUUGUAUAGGAAUGCUGUGUAAAUUGUAUUAUUACAUCUGUGUGCGUGGCACCCCACAUCCUAAAUGAAAUGUGGGAUUCCAUCUUAGAAAUCUGUUUGUCUCCAAGAACUUUGCUCAAAAUAGAAAGCAAAAUAAUUUUGUAUACAUGUGAAAGAAAUAUACUUUUAAAUCUAUUUAUGCCCAGGAAGGUUCCUUGUAUGUUUCUGUCCAGAGUGUGAUGAGUUGCUUAUGUAUAUAUGAUGAAAUGCAUAUCUUUAAUUCUGUUUCGUGUUUGUAAAGCUGUUUUUCUUGAAAUAGACUAAAUCCUCCCCUUCCCCCCAGUAAUAUUUGUUUUUCUGGUUCUGAUUUAAUCUAGUGAAAACUAAAAUCGAUUCUGCUAGGGAUGUUUUUGUUAUCUGGUUUGUAGUAAUCCCAUUCUGGAAACUACAAAAUUGUUUAUAAUAAAGAUUAAAAUAAUACAGA